AUGAAUUCAACUGAAUCUGUAACUGAAUUCAAUGUAACUGCAGCUGACGAGCAGGAGGGGUUUCCCUGGGCGAAGGGGACAGACUACUUGUGUCUCUAUGGCAUGGUUGUCACCUGUCUCGGCUUCCUCCUCAACUAUAUCUGCUUUGUGACUGUCGGCCACAUGCCCUCCUCCAACAGUGCAUAUCUGAUGAGGAUUCUGGCUGUUUGGGACUCUAUUGGAGCCAUGGCCGAUGGAAUUCUCCAUCUCGGUCUCCGAUACUUCAACGUCAUGAUUGCAAACUUCAAUGCUACAAUCUGCAAGCUGUUCUAUUUCCACUCGUAUGGGAGCAGCAUUGCCUGCAACUACCUCAUGGUGGCCCUGGCUAUGGACCGAUUGGUGGCCAUAAAAUUCCCAUUCGUCCAUAGAAACAACUCGUCAAUCAAAGUGGCCAUGAUUAUUGGCUCAGGCUGUGUAUGUUUUGCGUAUUUCAUUUCUCUACCGGUCUUAUAUUUUUUCGACUUGAACGACGAUGAAUUAUGCGUGAUGCUGGCCCAAAAUGUUCCAACUCUCUUAGACUACUACAGCGUGAUCUCAAACCAUAUUUUCUUUUUCGGACUGCCCUUUUCACUCAUAGUUUUCGCAAACAUAUUUUUCAUUCGAGAGCUUCAACAUCGCAAAUCGGCUAUGCGAAAGUCGGCGGGGACGACAGCCGGCAACGACGAACAAGCGAAGCGAAAACUGAGAGCCGAGAAAAGUUACAUAGUCAUGCUGAUGUUUCUGACGGGGUCGUUUCUCGUGUUCUCGUUGAGCGUCGCGGUCUUCAACCUUCUCGGCAUCCAGAUCGCUCUCAACGACGAAUACACCCAGGAACAAGCGAACUUCUUCGCAGUGAUGGCUGAAAACUGCAUGAUCAUGAACAACUCUCUUAACUUCUUGUUUUACUUCAUGAGUGGUGAAAUGUUCCGAACUGCGUUGAAAGCUGCUUGGAAAAAAGGAUUCAUUUACUCGAAAGGCUAA